AUGAAGAUGAGCCAUCACAAUACCCUCACCUCACUCUUUUAUAAUUACUUCUCAUCAUCGGCUCUCCACCAUCACCUUCUGUUUUGCCUAAUAUGUACUCUUAUCCUUUCCACUUACUCCUCCUUUGUAUCAUCAUCAGCUCCUCUCUACUCAAAUGAAACCGAUAGACUUGCUCUUUUAGAGUUGAAACACCGGAUUUCUGAUGAUUCGAAUAAUGGAGUAGUUCUUAACUCCUGGAAUGACUCUGUGCACCAUUGUGAUUGGCCAGGAGUGAGCUGUGGUCAUCGACACCCACGAGUUGGGGCGUUGAGGGUUCCUGAGGUAGGGUUGGUGGGAACCAUAUCUCCUCAUAUUGGAAAUCUCACUUUCCUCAGGGUUCUUGAUCUCUAUAGCAAUAAGUUGUACGGUGAAAUCCCAGGAGAGAUUGGUGGUUUGUUUCGACUAAGAUCUCUCGACCUGUCUGUGAAUGCAUUGACGGGAGAAGUGGCUAAGCUUAAUCUCAGCAGCUGCGUACACCUUAGGGAACUCUAUUUUGAUCAGAAUGGCCUCCAGGGGAACCUCCCUACCGCUCAUUUGAAGAAGCUACAAGUACUAUAUCUGGGUAGUAACAGAUUGACAGGCGGAAUUCCUCCAACUUUUGGCAAUUUGUCUUCACUUCGAGCGUUGGGCUUGGAGUGGAAUCAUUUGAAGGGAAGUAUUCCGCAUGAGAUUACGCGGUGUUGGGAUUUAUAUUCCCUUAUACUUGGUGGCAACAAUUUCACUGGUACACUAUCUCCUUCUUUCUUCAAUAUGACUUCUAUACAACAUUUUGCAGUAUUUGAAAACUCACUUGAAGGGACCAUUCCAAACUACAUAGGAGACACCAUGCCAAACUUAGAAGGCUUUUAUUUUGGCCUUAACCAAUUCCAUGGAACCAUCCCAAUUUCAUUUUCCAACGCCUCUAAGCUUCAGAGUCUUGAUGUAGUAGAAAACUAUCUUGUAGGUAAAGUUCCAAGAUAA